UGAAUAUACCAAAGAAGAAGAGUCCCACUUUGAAACGUUUUCCCUUCGAUUCCAACUAAACAUGUCUGUUUUAACGGAUUUUAUGUAGUUUCCUCCUCCACACAACGGCUUAGGAACCUCUACAGAUUCAAGGAGGACUAUUGUUUUCAUGAGGAAUGCCACGUUGAGAAGUGCCGCGUGUUCCCGCUAUUUGCGAGCGGCUGUGGCUUAGCUUGUUUAGCUCGUCAGGAUGUCGAAGAGCCAGGGACAGGUGGGAGACUUGAACAAGCAGAGCAGAGAGCAACUCCACGAACUACUUCUGCGACAGAACAGCAUCCUUGCUGACAAGAGAGUAAUAGAGUCUCUCCUUGACAAGGGAAAGCGAUUAAGGGACUCUGCGGAGAGGAUGCGCCUCGCUAUUGAACGCUGUGAUGAGGAGAAACGGAAGCAAAGCUCGGUGCCAGCAGCCAGGGCAGAGUUUCAGUCCGUCACUGGGCAGCAUCGUGCUGAGCAAAGUGAGGCAGCAGCAUCACAACAGACUGACGCCUGCGUUCAUAUGAGGGAGGAGGAGGAAGAAGACACUGCUGAAACCAUGGCGACAGCUUCCCCCGGGGCCUCUCUGAAUUUUGUCGUGACAAAAGAAAGCGACCUUGCGGAGGUCUUGGAACGGGUUACAAUCUCCACUAGCACCGGUGACCAAGACAAGGAUCCUGUCAAAACCACUGUGAUGGACAAUUACUUUCUCAAAAAGCAGACACCAAAGAAGGCUCGUGUUGUAACCGUCCUGGAAAGGACAGAGAACACGACACCCGGAAGGCAAAAAUUCAAACCAAACCAGCUGCCAGACAAAAGCGGCAAGUCUCCAUCUGGGUCCUUAUCACCCGGCCAGUCGUCCGAAGGCUCGUCUCCGCUCUCCGAGCAGGCUCGGAGGGAACGCGACAAAAAGCACCUGAACGACGUUACGGCCGCAAAGCUGCCUCCUCUCUACCACACUCCAGCCCAGCUUCUGUCUCUGCAGGAGUCUGCUGACCUACUGAGAACACAGGCAAAGAAACAACAGGAGCUGCAGGCCAAGCUGGCAGCACAGAAACUGUCCGAGGGUUUGAAGAUGUCCAUGGGGAGCUACUGUCCUGACGGCGGCCCCAUGGCGGCCUACAAAGAGGUUCACGAUGAAGGAGCGCAGACUUCCUCAGAAGAGGACUGAUCCUGGACGGUCAGAUGGGAGGAACACCUGCUGGUUCCUGAAGGGCUUUCACUCCAAGGGAAUUCAUAAGAGGACAUGUUUGCCUGCUGCCAACAGUCAAUGCCAUAAGACACUACUGAUGGACUUUGAAGGACAGAAACUUGAUGGAAACUGGGGCUACAUUUCAAAUAAAUGCAUUUCUAAUGAAAAUGG